AUGCGAAAUAUUGUGUUUUUUUGGAUAGCGGUUGUAGUUGCAGCAUUUGCCAUUGACACAUUGCAAACCACUGCCCGAAAAGGUCAACUGUUCGUUUAUACAUUACAUUCGGCCUCCUUCUUUUCUGCCACAGUGGAUGACAGGAUGAAACUUAUUUGCUUGAACAAAAUGCAAGCUUUAGUGGACGUGAAGUGGUCGGCCACUUUGAGAAACCGUCCCGCUCUUCCUUCCUGGCUUCAUCUCGUGCCUUCUCGCCACAAAGCUUUGGCUUAUCUUGUUGGUAUGAUUUGUUAA